AUGGCACAUCUCCACUAUCAAAUGAGUCGAAUGAAGGACGACCAGAUCCUCAAGGCGCUGCGCGUCAACGAGCUGAAGGGUGUCCUUAGGGCCCUUGGCACCAGUACAACUGGCAAUCGUAGCCUACUGGUCCAGCGAAUUAAGGCUUAUCUCGACUCGGCCGACCAACACACGCACCGCAUAACACGCAGCAACCUCGAGCACUUUUAUCAUCAACUACUUGAUGAGAGAGACACCAACAACGCCUCGGCACGGGCUAGCGCAACCACGAGUAGCCCAUCAAGACCAGCCACAGUGUCAAGCUCGCCACAAAGCACGGCCCAUUCACAUCCACCUGCGCCAAAGCCUCAGAUGAAGCACACCCCUUUUCUGGAAAGCGUAAUCUCCGUCAUCCCGCCACAGCUCAUGACCACAGGCGCCAUGCAUCGCGUUGGUCCCGCGGGACGACCUGCAUAUUAUUUCCAUGCCGAGCUGAGUCCACAACAAGUGAUGCUGCUGCAGUCGGUCACGCCAACGAACAAGCCUUUUCGACUCUUUCUACGCGUUGGCCACAAACGUAAAGGCGACGCCUACUAUAGCGACGAAUUUCCUAGAAACGGCAGCUGGCAAAUCAACGACCGGACACCAGUUGAUCGUCUGAGCUUGCGGGGCCGACCGCUGGAUAUCACGCCGUACGUUCAUAUCAAUAACCCACCCAUGGCCACGCGCAUCAAAAUCGAGGGUAUUCGAACCACAGACCAGGUUCAAAACUUCGACGUCGCACUGGUUGAGGUUGUGAUAGCCAACGAAGUGUCUCCAACGGAAUUGUUCCAUGGACUACUUCAUCUUGAGGCCGAGGCAGGAAGAGCUUGGGCACAACAAAAGCUCGCUUCCCCCGAAAGUGAAGGCGGAGACGAGGACCUGAUUGUCAACACGACCGAAUCCAUCAGCUUGAAGUGCCCCUUGAGCCACAAGCGCAUCUCAACACCCGCACGCGGCGAGUACUGUAAUCAUCUUCAAUGCUUUGACGCUCUCACCUAUAUCCAGAUGAAUGCGUUGCAGUGUCGCUGGAAUUGCCCCAUUUGUCACCGCCCAAUUCUGAUUCAAGGCCUGCGCAUUUGUGACUGGAUGACUGGGGUGCUUGAGCUAGCACCGUCGGACUGUGAACAUGCACUCGUGCAUCCAGACUUGCGCGUGGAAUACGCGCCUUCUUCGAUGCCCACUUCACCAUCAAGCGAUGCGGGACCCCAUGCGCUUAGCUCGAUGAAGCAGGAGGCGAAGGACGAAUAUCCUGUUGACUUGAGUCCAGAAGAUCUCAGCGAGCUGGUACGGAUGCUCGAGGAAGACGACCGCUUGAGCCAGUCACAAAGCGCCGACGCUCCAGACGUCGCGGCUGCCAGCAUCACCGUCAGUGCGCCACCAGCCAAGCGAGCUCACACAGAGCCAUCGGCAUUGCCGUCUGCUGCCGGUCCCGCGCGAGGAUCGCGCCAUGACCCGAUUCUUCUGGACUGAGAAUGACUUUUUGCUCGACCAUCUCAUUCCCUACUAGUUGCUAUAAACGUAUCAAAUCCCAGACUUUUACAUUCUGA